CGUCAAUGUUAGAUUAAGAUUAUGUUUAACACAAUGUUUUGAUUUUCUGAAGUUCGUCGCCACUUACUUUUGUGAAUAUAAUAAAAUUUUAAUACUUAAACAUAAUAAUAUGGAUACCUUAUUGUGUAGAAUCUGCUUGGAACCAGGGGCCAGUCUGUUCAUUUUUGAAAGUUGCACUGAAAAUAUAAAUUCCAAAAUUUUCGUUUGCCUAAAUGAGAAGAUUAAAGAUAUAGCUGGUUACCCUCGUAACAUUUGUGCCAAAUGCAACAAUAUUCUGGAUACAUUCAUUAGUUUCAUUGAUAAAUAUAGAAAAUCCAAUCAGUUUCUAUCGAAACAGUUUGCUGACGUUAAGGUAGAAAAUACUAGUGAAUAUGACGAACCCGUGGAAUCUGACACAGAUAUUGUAAUAAAGGAGGAAAUAGUAAAUGGAAAGGAAGGAAAGGAAGACAAUGCUCAAAGUUUAACAGAAUUAAUUAAACCUUUACAAUUGGAUAUAGAAAAGGUUAAAGUGGAACCUUUGAAAAAAAGAUUGCCAAGUAAUUCUAAGUCUAGAAAUAGAACACAAACAAAUAAAAUAGCAUCAUCAAUUUUAGAGGGCAAUUUUAUAUGGGCAGAUAAUAAAUGGUGUGUAACAGUGGGUGAAACUAUAAUUAGGAAAACCAAAAAAGUAGUUAAACAGGCAAAAAUCAAACCUAUAGUUAAAGUUAAAAAGAAUUUAGAUCCUGCAAAACUAUGUGACCUUUGUGGUGAAGUCUGCAAAAAUACAGACAAACUCGCAACACACAAGAAACUGAAACAUUUUAGUAUUCCGAAACAAUGCCCAAAAUGCUCCAAAAUAUUAUCAUCAGAAUACUACCUCAACCGUCACAUUAAGAGGAGGCAUGAUGCUGAAAGCAAGAAUUUUAAAUGUACAAUAUGCUCUCUCAGUUUUGCAUUCAAAGGAGAAUUAGGCAGUCAUAUAAAACACGUUCAUAACAAGAAGAACCUACCGAAAAAAGUAUUUUCCUGCAAAAUAUGUGGCAAAGUGUACAAGUGUCCUAAGUCUGUCAUAGUACAUGAGAGAUCCAUACAUACAGGUCAAAGACCGGCAGAGUGCAGUAUAUGUGGUGCUCGAUUCUAUCAUGAUGAUUAUUUGAAGGAGCACAUGCGAUUACAUACAGGAGAAACACCAUACAAAUGCCCUAUUUGCAGUCGAGGGUACGCUCAAAGAGGUAACAUGAAGAGUCAUCUACGCAAUCAUAGGAGGUCAGACCUUGAUCCUGUAGCAUUAAGUAAAAUUAGACCAAAUUAUUUAAAAUUUAUGAAACCAUGAAAAAUAAUGUUAUAUAAACCAUAUAUAAACAUGUUAUCUUAGUUUUAACAACUUUGUAUAAAUUAAGCUGGCCAAUAUUGUUAUGUUUAUCAGAUACAUGUCCUUAUAUCAUUAGACAAUAUAGUGUUGUCUUUAAAAUUUUAAAUUGAAUUUGAAUUUAUUGAAAUUAAAUUUAUUGAAACAAAUUGAAUUUUAUAAAAAGAGGUUUAAUGAUUGUUAAUGCACCCCGUCCGGGCGUAGCUGGAAUAGCCUCUUAUGCUAUCAGAGUAUAGGUAGGGCAAAAAAAAAGAAAAUUCAUCUAGUAUUGCCACUUUUCUAAGCAUUAUAAGCACUAUAAGCAGAAAAACUAUUUAUUAAUUGCGCUAUGAGAUUAAACAUCUCGUAAGCUAAUAAAUCAGCUUUAUUUCUAAUAAGAACAAACCACUGAAAUUGGGUUGAGUAUAAAAAAAAAAACUUUGAUUACAUUUUGCAAAAAUUACUGAGAAAAUAGAGCUGUUAUUUUUUUUGUAAUACUUUAUGUAUAAGCACUCAUUAAGACAAACCUAAUAAGCUUCACCUCGGUCAUUUUACUGGUAAAUAGUAAUUAUUUGACUGCCUCACACAUCUAUUAUCUUACUUUUUUUAUUUUUUAUUGCUUAGAUGGAUGGACGAGCUCACAGCCCACCUGGUGUUAAGUGGUUACUGGAGCCCAUAGACAUCUACAACGUAAAUGCGCCACCCACCUCGAGAUAUAAGUUCUAAGAUCUCAGUAUAGUUACAACGGCUACCCCACCCUUCGAACCGAAACGCAUUACUGCUUCACGGCGGAAAUAGGCGGGUGGUAGUACCUACCCGUGCGGACUCCCAAGAGGUCCUACCACCAGUGAUUACGCAAAUUAUAAUUUUGCGGGUUUGAUUUUUAUUACACGAUGUUAUUCCUUCACCGUGGAAGUCAAUCGUGAACAUUUGUUGAGUACGUAUUUCAUUAGAAAAAUUGGUACCCGCCUGCGGGAUUCGAACACCGGUGCAUCGCUACAUUCGAAUUCACCGGACGUCUUAUCGUUUAGACCACAACGACUUCAAACUUACUGUAUAAAUAAAAAUAGUUAUUUGUGCAACAGGAGAGCAAAGUUGUUUUUUGUUUCGUGUGCCGAUUUUGAAUCCCGAGCAAGCGAAGGAUUCUAUGAUUGAUUGCAUUUAUGAUUCUAUGCGUAACGAGAGAAUCUUGAGCGUAGUGAGGGGCUCAACAGCACGAGAUGCAAAAAACUUUGCUCUCUUAUUACACACAUAACUUUUCACCUCAGCAUUGAGAACACAUAUUACGUAGGAGACAUAGAAAUGAACAGGAAUAGAUUGAAAUAACUAUUUAAAAAAAAACGUAAUUUCUUUAUUACAAAUAUCUUUAAAUUUUAGGUUAUUACGCGUUUCCGAACGUGUUUUCUUUGAGGUCGAAUUCCAACAUCGAAUUUCGAAGGGGUUUGUUUUUUUCACUCUCUUUUUUAUAUGCGUCUGAAAGAGACAGCACAGUACAAUUCGAGUGUUUCAAAGGACAAUGCCCAUUUUCUAUGGGCGUUUGGGCCCCUAAAAAAGUUGUCGCGUCAUGAUGGUUUUAACUUAUUUUGAUAGACAAAGAAAUAUCGUUUCAUAUUCAGAAAACUAUUUUUAUAUUCUCACCCAGGUUUAAGAGAAAUCUGUUUUUUUCUGCAGCUAAAAUUAAGUUGUUAAUUGUUUUUUUCGAAAUCAAUAAUCGCUUUCAUCAUUAUUUACAGUAUUAAAUAAGUUAAUUGUGGUUAAUGUUGCUAGAAAUAAGCCCUUACGUACAUUUUAUUAUUAUUGUUGAAAUAAUACUCCGGAAUAAAAAAUGUAACGGUUUAAUGCAAACAGUAACAAGAUGAAACACGCUAGGAAAAGGAAUAGUCCGGUCUAUUUACACAUUCAAGUUUACAUAAAUUCCCAUAAAGCUGAAUAUUGGCAUAGUUGUUCAAAACAUCAUUAUAAAGAAAAUCUCAAAAGUCCUCAUCGUUCCGAGGUGUGCUAAAAAUUUGGCACGGGGUCAAAGGUCAAAAAAAUGAGUUUUUUGCGAUUUUUAGCGAAACGGUGAGUUUUUUCGCAAAAUUACCCCAGUACAAAAUUGUAGAUCACAAAAUUCUCUACAAAAAAUAUAUCAAUAAUUUUUUUCCUAAAAGCCACCAUUUUGGAGAUAUAACGUUCCGAAAAGUUGGAUCAGUCGUAAUCCCUCUAUUUUGCACACGUUUCCACGCCACCUAUGAGGUAGUGUACAAAGCGCGUUUUUUUUAACGUGGUUUCCCCAGUAGGCCUAUUCCACGGGUCUGCUGAGAUUUUAUAUGUUUUAAAACUAUUGCAAAAUAAUAUUAUAUAUUAUAGUGGGCAAAAACAACGGCGGUGUAAUUAAAUAAAAUACUUAAAAUAAAAAGUUAGUCGUCUGAUUCAUAACUGUCCAAGAUUUCUGUUUCUUCUUCUUCUUGAUCUUCUUCUCCUUCUUCUUCCUGUUCAUCCUCUUGUUCUUCUUCUUCUUCUUGUUCUAUUUCACACGUAAACUGCCCCAAUAGCGAUUCCUGAUCGGUAUCAAACGAAUCUUCAAGAGUUGGUGACUCAACAUUCGAGCAUGAUCGGCCUUGACAGUGUGUGCAUGCCAGGGAACAAAACAGUCCAACUUUUCUGCAACCACAUUUUGCACUACAUCCUUUCUUGCAGUUGCAAAAUAUUGUGUUGAGAAGUUUCUCAGGUGCUGGUGGAAGUAAAGUUUGAACUGGCUCUAGUGUAUUGUCGAUCAACUUCCAACCCCAGUCUUUAGGGUCCAGCUGAUUACCAAGCCACACUUGAACUUGGUAAUAUACCCGAAACAGAUGUUGAUGAGCAGCUACUGAGGUUGGAGGAAGAGAAGCUAAGUUGACUUGUUUUUUAUUACGCGUAUUUUUCACGAAAGAUGUGUAUCGCAACUUAUCUAAGCAAGUGGUUUUUUUGGGGGCUCCGUACAUAGCAAGAAGAAAUUGAACUCCGUUGGUGAUAACAUGUUGUUGAGUUGAAUUACUAUUUUUAAAAACUUCAGCACAUUGUAGUAAAUCUUUUUUUUCAAACAUUUUGAAAACUGUUGUUUUUCCUCUCCUGUAAAAAGCAGAUGUCGUAUCGCAGCCAGUUAUUGCGUGUAGAAACAAUACAUGAUUUUGACAUUUAGGAAAAUUGGAUAAACUGUUUGAUGAAUAUAUUUCCGAUUGAUUUUGGGCUUUUCCGGGUUUAAAAAAAUAAAUAAUUUUUUCAGUUGGAGUUCGAGCAGUAAGCAAGACGAGUAAAUCAACAUCCUCACCAACAACAACAGUUGUAUUUGUCACACUGAAUUUCUUUAUCGCUGUUUCAAUAAUCAAUACAUCAGCAUCAUCAUUAGCUUGUUCAACGGAUAUAUUCUCAGCAGUAAAUUUUGCUUUCAACAUCGAAAUAAACCUAGAUUUAUUGUGAUUAUUUGCAAAGAAUUUCUGUUGACUGGUAGGAACUGUCAUUGAUUCAUCGAAUAUAAUAUCAGAAGAAGUUGAUGAAGCAGCAUUUCGACGGCGUUGCUCUGCUGCUUUAAUAUUUCUCGUAUAAUCAUCAUAUCCGUCAAAUACGACAGUAACUCUGGAACCAAAAUGUCGACGUACAUAUUGAACGUAUUUAUCUAAGAUAACGUUAAAUGUUUCCUCGCUAUCCCACACCACUCGAUGUAAUAAGAAUCCUCCGUCAAUUAUGUACGUUGAAUUAGUGUUAUUAAUAUCAACAUUUAUAGUCUGAAAACAAUCGUAAAUAGCCGACUUCUGGGUCUUGCGCAUUCCAAUGUCAUCAAAUAAUGUUAACGGAUAAGGAGCUAAUUCAUACUCGAAAUAUUUCUCAAUUUCAUCUUGAAAAGCCGCAGUAACACUCAUACGUUGGAAUAAUAACACUGGGUCAACAGGUACUUUUUCUUCGUGAACUUUUACGGUGCUACUCAUAGCUAAAAGAGGAACAACUUUGUCAGCGCGUUUAAGUUUAAUAUCUUUAAAUGUCAGUCCAGUUAUUUUAGCAAUAGAGAUAAGCCCAAGUUCACGUGCUUUAUAGCAAUUAAUUGUAUUAUCACCAACGACACCACUUGCAAUCGAGAUGACUUUGUUAACCUCUGGGAAAGGAUCAUGAAUCGAGAACCACUCAAGAAGCAUUCGUAUGUCUUUAGCGUCUUUUUUUACACGUGAAUCACUGGCAUCAACAUGCUGUUCAGUCGUAUCCAUCCUAACAUUAGCAAGAUCUUCUAAUUUCUCACAAACUGUGUUCAUUGCAUGCAUGCUGUAAACCCAUUUACUGAUUACACUUUGUUUUGUACUUCUUCCUCGAGCAAUACCUCCAUCUGUCUUCAUGGCUUUCAUCAUAGACUGUUCGAUAACCAUGUCUGUAGAAGUUCCACAACUCAAUUUAUCUGAGCGUCUCACGGUGAAAAAUCCUUCGGUAAAUUUUUCGUAAACUUCAGGAUCCAUCGAGUCCUGUAAUUGCAUCAUGUCUUGUAAAUACAAGUGUGCAGAUUUAGCAUAUGGAAAAUGUCCUGACGAGUGGAAAUAAGGUAACAUUUCUUUUACACAACUUAAAUGAGCUUUCCAGUCCCCCAUACGCUCAGCUCUCAAAAAUUAUUUUGCAAGUGAAACCAUAUUAAAAUAUUGUAUCCAAAGUUGCGCUGUUGGUCCUCGUUCCUCAAAAUCUUUCAAUUUCAUAUUAAAUUUAUGAAGUAAAGCACCUGAUACUUCAUUAUCAUUUUCAAUAUCUGAAUAUGAAAGAGUGCUAUCUAAUAUAUGGUCAAUAUUUAUGAUUAAAUCUGCUCCCAUGAUAUCAUUAAUAUCUAUUGUUUUUAAUAUUGUAAUUGCUAAAGCCAGCUGGAGUAGUGUAUGUGCUCGAACAGCUCUUGCGUAAGCAUGACCAUUGAGCAUUUUUUCUAAUGACUUUGGUGCAUAGAUUUCUGAGAGUACUUCUUUUAUCCCGCUACCUUGCAUAAUAUAACCAAUUGCUCCGAGAUAAGACAUGAGUAGAUGAAAUCCUCCAAGUCUGACAAUAAUCUUCGAUACUUCAGAGCCGUCAGGUGCGGCUGAUACAAUUUCUCGAGCUUUCGCAUACAAGGGUUGGUCGAAAGUCACGAUGCAUACAGUGUGGCCGUAACGUUUCGCGUUCUCUAAUGCACAAAGUAAAGUCGUAUAGACAGUAUUAUAGUUACUAGCUGGUUGAUGGAUGAAUGGUAAAAAUGUAAUCUGAGAUUUUGAAUAAUUUGUAUGGUAAUUUGUUAAGCGCUCAAUAAAACCGUUCCAACCAGGUAA